UGCAUCUUGUGCCUUUGUCUCUUUUCUCUGCCCCUGCUCUUUCUAACAGGCCCAGGUUCAUCGACACCGAGCACGGCAUCCCCUUCAACAAAAUCAACAACCACUCCCACUACACCACCAGAGGAAAAAUCCACCAGCACUGCCAGCACCACGAUGCCCCCCAGCAGCACCACCACCAGCAGCACCCCAGGGACAACCACAACUGUUACUGGAACACCAACACUCACCCCAACUACUUCAAGCACAUCCAUGCCCACACCAACAUACACCACCACCCUACCAACUCCAGGCCCAGGUUCAUCGACACCGAGCACGCCACCCCCUUCAACAACAUCAACAACCACUCCCACUACACCACCAGAGGAAAAAUCCACCAGCACUGCCAGCACCCCGAUGCCCCCCAUCAGCACCACCAGCGGCAGCACCCCGGGGACAACCACAAUUGGUACUCUUGGAUCACCAACAUCCACCUCCGCUCCUAUAAAUAUUAACACCAGGACCCCUCAGGCUCCAACUACAUUACCAAUAAAGGGUACAACACCUGAAUUAGAGAUAUCGACAAAGACUCCAGUUACUCCUUCAGCUACUCCACUGCCAACAACUAGAACAACAGAAACAGGAAGCACCAUGUUUACCAGAAGCACCACUAUUGAACAAUCAACAUCCUCCGUGUCAACAAGCCCAGAGACAGUCACCACCUCUGAAGUCACUCCAACAGAAUCGACCCCCAAAACUACCACUUCAGGCCCCACACCUUCAAGAUCCACCAGCACCACACCAGUAACAGAAACACCUAUCCAUGAGACCACUACCACUGGGACCACAAGCCCUCCAACAGGAUCACAUACCCCCCCUGUCCGCACCACAACUUCAGGACCAUCCUCCCUGGGGUCUACUCUUAGCAGUACUGUAUCUCUGCCAUCAGCAUCAACCAGCCCUAUUCCAGUCACCACCUCUGGUACUACUCCAACAAAAACCUUUACCACCACUUCAGGAACCACCUCUAGCAGUUUUACCAUAAGCACUGCAACCACCACAUCCACUACCUUCAAAACUCUUCCCCCUGGCUCUACUACUACAUCUGGACCAAAUGCAACAUCAACUGCAGUCACCACCACAGGAAGUUCUACAGUUACUCCAGCUACUGGCUCAAGUUCUACUACAAGUCUAACACCAACUACUCCUAAAAAAAUAUGUUCUAUUUUACCUAAUGAAUCUUAUGAGCAAGGUGACUCAUGGUGGCUCUGUAACUGCACUAAGGCAAUCUGUAUAGAAGACAAUAUCGUCCAGGUGAUUCCCAUAAUCUGUAAUCCACCUCCUAAACCUACCUGUGCCAAUAACCUUUCUCCUGUGCCAGUCAUUGACGAGGAUGGAUGCUGCUGGCACUGGGAAUGUGAUUGCUACUGCACUGGCUGGGGAGACCCACAUUACAUGACUUUUGAUGGACUGUACUACAGCUACCAAGGGAAUUGUACAUAUGUCCUUGUGGAAGAGAUUAAUAAGAAAGUUGACAACUUUGGUGUCUACAUUGAUAACUACCACUGCGACACACGGGAUGUGGUCUCCUGUCCUCGAACGCUCAUUGUGCGACAUGAAACCCAGGAAGUGAGGAUGACAACAGCGAAACCAAAUACUCUACAAGUAACGGUGACAGUAAACAACCAGAUAGUGGCUUUACCUUAUAAAAAGUUUGGUGUGAGCAUCUAUGAGUCAGGCAUAAAUCGUGUUGUGGAAAUUCCUGAGCUAAAAAUGAAUGUGACCUACAAUGGCUUGUCCUUUUCUAUCAGAAUGCCCUACAGCCUGUUUGGCAACAACACUCAGGGACAGUGCGGUACCUGCAAUAACAACACGGCGGAUGACUGCAUGUUGCCGAACGGAAACAUUGCAGAAAACUGUGAAACCAUGGCAGAUCACUGGCAGGUUGUUGAUCCCUCCAAACCACAGUGCUCUCCAGGCCUAAGUCCUACAAGUUCACCUAGCACAACCCCAACACAGCCUUGCAAAGAAUCUUCCAUCUGUGAGAUUCUUUUGGGAAGUGUGUUCAAGCCAUGCCAUGAGUUUGUGCAGCCUGAAAAGUACUACGCAGCCUGUGUUUUUGAUAGUUGCGUACUUCCCAACCUGGACUUGGAAUGCUCAAGUUUGCAGAUCUAUGCUGCCACCUGUGCUGAUCAAGGUGUAUGCAUCGACUGGAGAAGUCACACCAAUGGUGUAUGCUCUUACGAAUGCCCCUCAGGAAAAGAGUACAGAGCAUGUGGUCCUAUGAAAGAGCCAACCUGCAAAUCAAGUCACCAAAAUGAAACUUCAACUAAACAAGUGGAAGGCUGCUUCUGUCCUAAUGGAACAAUGCUGUAUGACUCUGGCGUGGAUGUCUGCGUGAAAACCUGUGGCUGUGUUGGAGUGGAUAUGAUCCCAAGAGAGUUUGGGGAAGAGUUUACAGUAGACUGUCAGGAUUGUAUUUGCCUGGAAGGGGAACAUGGCAUCAUAUGCCAGCCUCAUGAAUGUCCUGAACAACAUAAGGUCAGUUGUGAUGGAGAAGGCUUCUAUGAGGUCACCGAAGUCAAUCCUGAAGACUCCUGCUGCCCUCUUGUCACCUGCAAAUGCAAUACAAGCUUCUGCACAGCUAAAGUCCCCAAGUGCUCACUGGGUUUUGAAGUUCAUUCUCAUAUUCCCAGUGGUCAGUGCUGUCCUGUGUACCAAUGUGUUCCCAAGGGGGUCUGUGUUCACCAGAGUGCUGAGUUCUUGCCUAACUCCUCAGUCUUCGUUGAUAAGUGUCAGAAUUGUUUAUGCACAAAUGAAGUUAACAUCAGCACUCAACUGAAUAUCAUCUCAUGUGAACCUGUUCCAUGCAAUACAUACUGUGCACCGGGAUAUGAAAUAAAACCAGUGAAAGGCGAAUGUUGUGGAAGAUGUGUGCAGACCAAGUGUAUUAUACAUGCAGCAAACAAUGCUGAACUCAUCUUGAGUCCUGGAGAGUUUAAAAAUGAUCCUACCAACAACUGCACCAUUUAUAGCUGCGUAGAGGUCCGCGACCAGCUCAUCGCUUCCACAUCUGAGAUUACCUGUCCAGCAUUUAAUGAGGAGAGCUGCAAACCUGGAACUAUUUCAUUCUUACCUAAUGGUUGCUGCAAAACCUGUGCACCUGUGGAUAGCAGUACACCGUGCUCUGUCCGUCACAGAGAAGACUUCAUUGUCUAUAAUGGCUGCCGUUCCGUGGACAGAGUUGUCAUGACUGAGUGCGAAGGAACAUGCGGAACCUUCUCGCUAUACUCUGUUGAGGCCAAUUCUAUGGAUCACAGCUGUUCCUGCUGCAGAGAAACAAAGACUACUGAGAAGCACGUGGUACUGAAGUGUCCUGGUGGGCACUCAAUGCCACAUAAGUACGUGUAUGUGGAAAGCUGCAGCUGUCAAGACACUGAAUGCAAGAACCCACAGUCCAGUGAGUUGCAGAACGGAGAAGAAAAUGGCAAGGCUGCUCUGAACCGUACCAAGAGGGCUGUUGGCUUGCCAUCAAAAUGAAGACAUUAAAAAACUAGCAGCAUUUAACUGAAAGGACUGUGCACCAUUCUUAACUUGCUUGACUACUUCUGAACAUUGGUUUUCCCAGUAAAUGUAUCCUGUUUGUUCUCUGAUUAAUUUAAACAGUGCUCUAUUUAUUUGUGACAAAAUAAGAACACAAAUUUGUAUUCUUCCAAGUGCACAGCCUUUUGGGUCCUUUUACAAUCUGUUUAUUUUCUCUAAAUGAUUAAAAGCA